CCGCGGCGGCCGGAGCCUGGAGGUGGGGUCGGGAGCCGGAGCCCGGGGCUCUGAUGUCACCGCGCGGCCGCUGGCGCCCAGGAGCGCGUCUCCGGCUGGAAUUCAGGAAAGGCCCCGAAAUGUGCCGGCCAGCGGCCAUCGGCUCUCCCGGCAUCCCCGGGGUCCCGCUAUCGCGCCACACCGCGUGACUCUGCCGCCCCCUGCGGUCGCCAGGCUUGUGCCUCUGUCCCGCGUCGACUCUCUAGAGCUUGAAGCCUCAGGAACCACGGAGCUGGUCUAAGCACUCACCUGUGCAGCCAUGGAGGCCCUGGGGCCUGGGGGCGACCGUGCCUCCCCAGCCUCGUCCACUCGCAGCCUGGACCUGCGGCGGCUGUCCGCGCGCGCUGACUCGGCCUACAGCUCUUUCUCCGCGGCCUCCGGCGCUCCCGAGCCGCGCACGCCGUCGCCUGGGACCGACCUCCUCCCUUACCUAGACUGGGACUACGUGCGCGUGGUGUGGGGCGGCCCGGCCCCCGCCGCGCCCGCCGCCGGCCUUCCCUCGCUCAGCCACCCGGGCGGGGAAGUGGAGACGGGGCGCUCCGGGACUCCCGCACGGGGCACCGUCGGCGGGGGGCGCCUCGCCACCCAGCAGCAGAAGUGGUGCUUCUCUGAGCCAGGGAAGCUGGGUCGCGUGGGUGGCGGCCGUGGAUCCGCGGGGGAAUGCUCCAGUGAGGCGAGCUCCAACUCUGGCUUUGCCGGGCCGGAGCCCCAGGAGCAUAGGGUGCUUGCAGAGUCGGAAGACCAGCAGAUCAGACGGCUGCCUGAGACCCAGCCUCGAUGCAUAGAGCAUCCAGAACCCCGGUCCCUGAAGUUCGGUGACACCCACAGGCCUUCCAGUCCGAGUCGGAGCGCUUCAGGCGAAGCCUUGGCUCCUUGGGGAGUUUCAGGGGGGAUCAUGCCCAAUGUGCAGGUUGUUCCCCAUGGAGCAGAAACCCCCAGACCAUUGUUUCAGACCAAACUUUCCAGGUUCCUGACUCAGAAGGGAGCUGUAGUGUUGGGUCCUGCAGAGUGCCUCCAGAGCAGUGCUGCAGACCGUGAACGGAGGGUCUCAGAGACAUGCAUUGGGUCUGCGCGGCUCCCAUCCCUUCCUGAUGAUGAGGUUUUCCUGGAAGAUGUCCCCCUAGUCAGAGUGAGAUCACCUCCAGACACCCAUGCCCCCACAGGAAACCCAACAGGUGUCCAUGUCUCUGACCAGCAAUAUGAAACCAGCUUGGGCCAGAGGGCUGACCAGGCUACAGUCCCCCCGGAGGACGCCCUCCAGGAACACUCAGAGACUGCAGGGGUAGAUGACUGCUGGCAGAGGAUAAAUGGUUCUGUGGGUGUUUCCAGGACCACAUGCUGUAGCCCUCCUGGGACUGCAAAUGGUGACAUUCCAACCUUCGACCCCGAUGGACUGCUGACUACUGACCCACUUGCAGCUAUGGAGAGUGACCCCCUCAAACCUCUUCCAUUUGAUGCCCUGGGACCUCCAGGCAACAGCAGCCCAGGUGCUCCUGGCCAUACUGCCCUAGCUUGCAGCACUCGCAAGCCUGGUUCCAGGCCAACAUGGCCCAGUCCCCGCCUUGAGGAGCUGGUUCAGGAGCUGGCCAGACUGGAUUCUUCUAUGAGUGACACUCUCACUUCCUGUCCCAGCCCAGAGCCACCCCUGGGCCUGCUAGAUGGGCUGAUUCCUGUAGCUGAGGUCUGGGCUGCAAUGAGGCCAGUCUGUGAGGAGGUGGGAAAGGAGGCUGCUGGUGCUCCUGAGCCAGGGUGCUAUCGAUUUAGCUCCUGCCAGCUCCUGCCAACUUCUCAGGAGGAGAUGAGGUCUGAAAACCAUACCACCCCGCCUGUGCCUGACCAGCCCUGCAGUCAGGGUCUCUCUGAUCCAAACAGCAUCCAAGCCAAGAAAAUGGAGCUAGCCGACCUCCUCCAAAAGAUGCUGCGGGACCUUCAGGCAGAGCAGGAGCAGCUGCACGCGGUGGCCCAGGCUUGGGCCAGGCGCGGGGACGCUCUGGAGGCCGCGGUGGGCCAGGCCUGUGCGCCCCGCGACCUAGAGCGGUUCAGCAGGUUCAUGGCGGACCUGGAGCGCGUGCUUGGCCUGCUGCUGCUGCUGGGCAGUCGCCUGGCCCGCGUGCGCCGCGCCCUGGCCCGGGAGGGCGCGGACAGUGACCCAGACGAGCAGGCCUCUCUGCUGCAGCGACUAGGGCUCCUGCAGCGGCAGCAGGAAGACGCCAAGGAGCUGAAGGAGCACGUGGCGCGGCGCGAGCGGGCCCUGCGGGAGGUGCUGGCGAAGGCCCUGCCCGCCGAGGAGCUGCGCGCCUAUCGCGCUCUGCUGGCGGGCAAGGCCGCCGUCCUGGCCCAGCAGCGCAGCCUAGACGAUCGAGUCCGGCUCCUUCAGGACCAACUGGACGCCAUCUGGAGCGACCUUAGCCGUCGUCCCCCGCUUCCCAGGCUGACCUUGACCCCAGAGACCCGUCCUCCAGAUAAACCGUCCUUUCCUCCGCCCCUCAUCUAAUUACAGGCCCGAGGGGUGGGGAGCGUUUCCUCUGCUCUUCAUCCACAAAACUGGGGGUGACGCUGGUUUCCUCGGUGCUUUUCCCUUUGGGUGGGGAAGACCCAGGGCGGGUCUUCCCGGAAUACUUCUAAGUGUUUUCAUGUGGUCUUGUGGAUUAUUUGGCAACUAAUUUAUGGAUUUUUAAAACUGCAGUAUUUCCCCUUUUUGUAAUGAGAGACUCAGUCUGGGUUGGUUGGAGGGAGAGGAGACGAAUCAGAAGACCAUUUAAACUUCAAAUGAAAAACGGUCUUUUUGUCUUUCCUUUCUUCCUCUUAAUAAUAAUUGAUUUGAGAAGUGUGUGUCACCUGGAGGGAUCUUGUUUACAGACUCUGGACACCAACUUUGCCUGAGUGCAAAAGAGGGAUUUGUUGGAGUGCAUCAGUCAGCUCUGGGAAUCCCUAGGAAGGCUGGCAAUACAGGCUUGAAACCAGUCAGGACCAAGGGAAUGCUGGGCCCUCAACUCACUUGCUACCGGUAAUUCUUCCCAGUUCUGGUCACUGUAUCACUAUCACAAAAGCCUAGGCCUGAUUGGCUGAAUCCAGGUCUCCUCUGCUGGUUUUUACCCCAGGUUGAAAGUGAGGCAUGGGGAGGUCGGGGAUAGCUAGAAACCUAGAAUGUGGAGGCUGAAGAUCUGGAGGGGCAGCUGGGCUUGUGUGCUAGAGAGGCUGGGGUGGGGGCGCCCAGGGGUUGGGGUGGGGAGGAAGGUGCUGGUGUGGAAUGAAACAGAGGACACACACUCCCCUUUAUUUGUGCACCAGCCCUGUGUACACAGAAUCAAUGUUAAGUUCGCAAAUGUAUGUGGGAAAAUGUGCUUUAGUGUUUGCAGCUGCAAACGCCAGGGCCAAGAACAUUGUUCAUGCAAAUGUUCAGUGUAUUUUUGGAAGUUGGGCACAUUAAAAGGCAUGUGUAUGUGUAUUUAAAGCCAACUGACCCCAAAGUGAGAAA